UGAUAGCCCAUGUCUUGAGCCUGGGACCUGCACCUUAGGGUGCAGUUAGGCCAUAUGCUUUGGUCCCACACUCAGAGGUGCUGUUGGCCUGUGUUUCAGAGCUGGCCCGGCACCCGGGAUACUAAACACUGGUGCCAGGGGCCCCGCUGGCUUACAUCCGGGGCCUCGGUGCGGCCCUGCGGGCUCGCGUCUCGGACCUGGCCCCGCACCCACAUUGGCCCGUGUCUGCGGGCAGCUCCUGUUCCCUCCCCCUCCUGCCGCAGCUCGCCCCGUCCGCCGCCAUGUUGUCGGGCUGACGCCGCCGCCGCUGCGCCGCAGCAGGAGGAGGCGGAGGGAAGGGGCCAGCCCCGAGCAGAGCAACAGAUGGCUAAGAGCUAGCAGAGCACAUUCAGGACCAUGAUGGCUCAGUUUCCCACAGCCAUGAAUGGAGGCCCGAACAUGUGGGCUGUCACCUCUGAAGAGCGAGCAAAGCAUGACAAGCAGUUUGAGAGCCUUAAACCGAUAGGAGGAUAUAUUACAGGUGAUCAAGCACGUACCUUUUUCUUGCAGUCAGGUCUACCAUCAUCAGUCCUAGCUGAAAUAUGGGCUCUUGCAGACCUGAACAAAGAUGGGAAGAUGGAUCAGCAGGAAUUCUCCAUAGCUAUGAAACUCAUCAAACUAAAAUUACAAGGUCAACACUUGCCUGUGGUCCUCCCACCGAUCAUGAAGCAACCUCCAGUAUUCUCGCCGUUAAUUUCUGCUCGCUUUGGAAUGGGUAGUAUGCCAAAUCUGUCCAUCCCAACAUCUGUGCCUACAAUUGCACCUUUAACUCCCAUGUCAUCAUUGACCUCAGUGACUUCGAUUCCUCCCUUGGUUAUCUCUACUCCCUUGAUACCUUCUAUCAGUACAUCAUCAUUGCCAAAUGGAACAUCCAGUCUCCUUCAGCCUUUACCUAUGUCUUUCUCUUCAACAUUGCCUCAUCCUGGUUCUUUCAGUCCCAUGGCAGGAGGAUUUGGUGGUACUAAUAUACAGAAGGCACAGUCUCUGAUCGAUUUAGGAUCUAGUAGUUCAAAUUCUUCCUCCACCACUUCACUAACUGGGAAUUCACCUAAGACUGGAUCCUCAGACUGGGCAGUUCCUCAGGCCUCCAGAUUAAAAUACAGGCAGAAAUUUAAUAGCCUUGAUAAAAGCAUGAGUGGAUAUCUAUCAGGAUUUCAAGCAAGGAAUGCCCUUCUGCAGUCAAACCUUUCUCAGACUCAGCUGGCUACCAUUUGGUCACUAUCUGACAUUGAUGGAGAUGGACAGCUGAAAGCAGAUGAGUUUGUGUUAGCCAUGCAUCUAACUGAUAUGGCCAAAGCUGGGCAGCCUCUGCCAUUGACCCUGCCUCCUGAACUGGUACCUCCUCCUUUCAGAGGUGGAAAAUAUGCCGAAAAUGUUAAUGGAACUCUGCCAUUUUGCCAGCAAAUGCAAGAAGAGGAGCCCCAGAAAAAACAGCCAGUUACAUUUGAGGACAAGAGGAAAGCAAACUAUGAGAAAGGAAACAUGGAACUGGAAAAACGACGUCAAGUCCUACUGGAGCAGCAGCAGAGAGAGGCGGAACGUAAGGCGCAGAAAGAAAGAGAAGAACAGGAACGAAGAGAGAGGGAACUGCAGGAGCAGGAGCGGAAAAAGCAGCUUGAACUGGAAAGGCAUUUUGAGAAACAACGAGAGCUGGAAAGACAAAGGGAGGAAGAGAGAAGAAAAGAAAUAGAAAGGCGGGAGGCAGCAAAGCAGGAACUCGAGCGCCAGCGACGGCUGGAAUGGGAGAGAAUUCGACGCCAAGAUCUUCUUAAUCAGAGAAACAGGGAACAAGAAGAAAUUGUCAAGUUGACCUCUAAAAAGAAGAGCCUUAAUCUUGAAUUAGAAGCCCUGAGUGGCAAACAUCAGCAGAUCACAGGCAGACUGCAAGAUGUUCGAAGUAGAAAACAAAUUCAGAAAAGUGAGCUGGAAGCUCUAGAUAAAAAAUGUGAUUUGGGAAUUGUAGAAAUCAAACAGCUACAACAACAACUUCAGGAAUAUCAGAAUAAACUAGUCCAUUUAGUUCCUGAAAAGCAGUUAUUAAAUGAGAGAAUAAAACACAUGCAGCUGGACAACACUCCUAAUACAGGAAUCAGUUCAGUGAACAAGAAGUUCCUAGAAAAGGAAGAAUUAUGCCAAAGACUUCGGGAGCAAUUAAAUGCCCUAGAAAAGGAAACUGCUUCCAAACUCUCUGAAAUGGAUACCUUUAACAAUCAGCUCAAGUGUGAGAAUAUGGAUGAUUCUGUUCUUCAGUGCCUUUUGUCUCUGCUAAGCUGUCUCAACAACCUCUUCCUCUUACUUAAGGAACUGAGAGAAAGCUACAACACACAGCACUUAGCCCUUGAGCAACUUCAGAGGAUCAAACAAGAGAAAAUAAGAGCUGUAGAAAGAAAAAGAGCUGAGCUUGCACAGAAAAAGCGACUGGAAGAUGAGGCUGCAAGGAAAGCAAAACAGGGGAAGGAGAACCUAUGGCAGGAAAAUGUCCGAAAGGAAGAGGAGGAGAAAAAAAAGCGAUUACAGGAAGAGCGAAUAAAGGAAAAAAUUCAGGAAGAAAAACAAAAAGCUGAGGAGGCAGCUGCCCAAGUGAGAGAGAGGGAGUUCCAGUUGCAAAAACUGACUGAGGAGAAACAUGAGGAGGAGAGGAACAAACUAGCAGAGAUUCAGAGAGAAACAGAACAACAAAGGCAGAGACAACUGGAAGAAGACAAGAAGAAGCAAGAACAGAUUGCAAAAGAAGCUGAGGAGAGGCGUAAACAGCAUGAAGAAGAGAAGAGAAGAAAAGAUACAGCCAACCUGCAAGAGUCAGAGAAACACACUUCAAAAUUAAACUUAAAUGAGAAAUUUGCAGACUUGUUGAAACAGACUGAGGGUAGAAAUCUUAAGCCUACGUGGAGAAGUGAAGGUAAUGUAGUUAGUGCCUCAGAAUCUAGGAAUUCAGCUGCCUUGGUGAAUUACAGAGCUUUAUACUCAUUCGAAGCAAGGAAUAAUGAUGAGAUGAGUUUUAAUUCUGGGGAUGUAGUUCAGGUUGAUGAGAAAACCGUGGGAGAGCCUGGUUGGCUAUAUGGGAGCUUUCAAGGUCAUUUUGGCUGGUUUCCAUGCAACUAUGUAGAAAAAAUAUCAGAAAGUGAAAAAGCUUUAUCUCCUAAAAGGGCCUUACUUCCUCCUACAGUAUUUUUGUCUACUACCUCAGCUCCUCCAGAACCACUUUCACCAAGUAGAUCAUCAGAAGACACUGAUUACCAAAACGUACCUUUCUCAAGCCUAACUGUUAACACAACAUGGCAGAAAAAAUCCGCUUUUACUCGUACUGUGUCCCCAGGAUCUGUUUCUCCUGUUCAUGGACAGGGACAAGCUGUGGAGAAUUUAAAAGCACAGGCACUUUGCUCCUGGACUGCAAAAAAAGAUAACCACUUGAACUUUUCAAAAAACGAUAUAAUUACUGUGCUGGAGAAGCAGGAAAACUGGUGGUUUGGAGAAGUGCAUGGAGGAAGGGGAUGGUUUCCUAAAUCCUAUGUCAAGAUCUUGCCUGGAAAUGAAAACAAACGAGAGGAACCCGAAACUAUUUAUGCAGCUGUAAACAAGAAGCCUAGUACACCAUCUUAUACCAUUGGAGAGGAGUAUGUUGCACUCUAUUCCUAUACAAGCGCCGAACCUGGUGAUUUGACUUUUGCUGAAGGAGAAGAAAUACUAGUCACUCAGAAAGAUGGAGAAUGGUGGACAGGAAGCAUUGCUGACAGAACAGGAAUCUUUCCAUCAAACUAUGUCAAACCUAAGGAUCAAGAUGGUUCUGGUACUGCUGGCAGAACUGGGGCACUAAAUAAGAAACCUGGUGAGUCUGAUGUAACUUACAAAACUUCAGCUUAUUCUAUUUGUUCAUUAUUCACCAGUCUUUUUCUUAUUUCAGAGAUUGCCCAGGUGACUACAGCGUAUGCUGCAUCAGGGACAGAACAGCUUAGUCUGGCUCCAGGACAGCUGAUACUUAUUCUGAAGAAAAACCCUAGUGGAUGGUGGCAAGGAGAGUUACAGGCAAGAGGGAAAAAGAGGCAGAAAGGAUGGUUUCCCGCUAACCAUGUUAAAUUGUUGGGUCCAAGCAGUGAGAGAACUACUCCUGCUGCUCUCUCAGUAUGUCAAGUGAUAGCAAUGUAUGAUUAUGCGGCAAACAAUGAAGAUGAGCUCAGUUUCUCCAAGGGGCAGAUCAUUAAUGUACUGAGCAAAGAUGAUGCAGAUUGGUGGCAAGGAGAAAUCAGUGGUGUGACAGGUCUCUUUCCUUCCAACUAUGUGAAGAUGACCACAGAUUCUGAUCCAAGCCAACAGUGGUGUGCUGAUCUCCAAACUCUUGAUACUAUGCAGCCAAUGGAAAGGAAAAGACAGGGCUACAUUCAUGAGUUGAUCCAGACUGAAGAGAGGUACAUGGACGAUCUUCAGCUUGUCUUAGAGGUUUUCCAGAAACGAAUGGCUGAAUCAGGCUGUCUCACAGAAGAAGAAAUGGGAUUGAUCUUUGUUAACUGGAAGGAGCUCAUAAUGUCUAAUACAAAGUUACAUAAAGCCCUGCGUGUGCGUAAGAAGACAGGAGGAGAAAAAAUGCCUGUGCAGAUGAUUGGGGACAUCCUGGCUGCCGAGCUCUCUCACAUGCAGGCCUAUAUCAGAUUCUGCAGUUGCCAGCUCAACGGAGCUGCAUUGCUGCAACAGAAAACAGAUGAAGAAACAGAGUUCAAAGACUUCUUAAAGAAACUAGCCUCUGACCCUCGCUGUAAAGGAAUGCCGCUCUCCAGCUUCCUGCUGAAGCCUAUGCAGAGGAUUACACGCUACCCUCUGCUCAUAAAGAGUAUUCUGGAGAAUACCCCAGAAAACCACCCAGAUCACAGUAAUCUCAAACUGGCCUUGGAACGCGCAGAGGAGCUGUGUUCUCAAGUUAAUGAAGGCGUGCGUGAGAAAGAGAACUCGGACAGGCUGGAGUGGAUACAGUCCCAUGUACAGUGCGAAGGACUUUCUGAGCAACCAAUUUUCAACUCCAUUACAAACUGCCUGGGUCCCCGAAAGCUCCUGCACAGCGGCAAGCUCUACAAAACAAAGAGCAAUAAGGAACUAUACGGCUUCCUCUUCAAUGACUUCCUGCUCCUUACCUACAUGGUCAAGCAGUUUGUUUCUUCAGGGUCAGAUAAACUGUUCAGCCCCAAGUCCCACUCUCAGUUCAAAAUGUAUAAAAUGCCUGUUUUCCUUAAUGAAGUCCUAGUGAAAUUGCCAACCGACCCUUCGAGUGAUGAGCCAGUUUUCCAUAUCUCCCACAUUGACAGAGUCUACACGCUAAAAACAGACAAUAUUAACGAGAGGACGGCCUGGGUCCAGAAGAUCAAAGGGGCAUCAGAGCAGUAUAUCGAAACCGAGAAGAAGAAACGGGAAAAAGCUUAUCAAGCACGCUCACAGAAGAGCUCAGGAAUAGGACGCUUGAUGGUACAUGUGAUUGAAGCCACAGAGUUGAAAGCCUGUAAACCUAAUGGGAAGAGCAAUCCGUAUUGUGAAAUCAGCAUGGGGUCGCAGAGCUAUUCCACCAGGACGCUGCAGGACACUUUGAACCCUAAGUGGAACUUCAAUUGUCAGUUCUUCAUUAAGGACCUUUAUCAGGAUGUGCUGUGUAUCACCAUGUUUGACCGGGAUCAGUUCUCACCUGAUGAUUUCUUGGGUCGCACCGAAGUUCCAGUAGCAAAAAUCAGAACAGAACAGGAGAGCAAGGGACCUACAACAAAACGUUUACUGCUGCAUGAGGUUCCAACCGGGGAGGUUUGGGUCCGCUUUGAUUUGCAGCUCUUUGAGCAGAAAACACUCCUUUAAGAAAACAUUUUUAUUUUACAAAGGACAAAGCUGACAGCUUGGCCACCUCCACCAGAGCUGAAAGCAUUUUACAAAUCAAUCAUCAGCCCAAGCCAGUUACUGAGCAAGAAUUCCUGUUGCAUCAUCAUCUUCCUAAUUAUCCGUUGUAUAUGAUUUCUUUGCUGCAUCCUAAGUUGCUGGUGAUCUAUGCAAAUGCAAAAUAUACUGUAUAUAAGAUACUCUAGCUCAGUGCCUUUUUGUUGAUUAAUAUUGACAUUUUUGUUGUGUUCAGAUGCCAAUGUUUCCGUUUUCAGGGCCAUAAAAAGUAUUAAAUAGUAUCUUGGCAUCAGAUGUAUGUAUAUAUAAUGUUACCGCUUAGUCUAACAUAUAGACUGAGGAAUGGUUUAGUUGAAGGCUACAAUCAUUCCAUUUGAAAUCUGAAAAGUUAUAUCCACUGGAAUAUUCCCUUCUCAGGGUGUUAAUUAUAGGGAUUAAAUGUUGAAGCCUUCGCACUUGAGGAGGCUCUAAAAUGCUGUAUGUUCUUUUAAAAAAAAUAAUCAAAUGCAGUUCUUUACUUGACACAGUUCUGCACUGAAUAAGAAAUUGCAACUUGAUUUUUCUUUCUGGUUCGGUUGUAUUAAUCAUUUCUGGCAGAGACAAUGUGGUUAAAAAGAGUAAGUAGAAAAAAUGAUUUAUUUUAAAUACUGUGUGCGACCUACAAUAAUGUGGAAGAAUAUUUUUCAACUUUUAAUUUUCCUAAAUUAUUUGUGUAAAAUUACUUGGUUUUGCAGAUCUCCGUGGGAUGUGCAUCUUUAUGCUUUGUCAUUGCCAACAUGUACAUACAGAGUGAAAAAUAUAAGUUUAUUAAUGUAAUUUGUCUACAUAUAUUUACUGAUGCAUAUUGAUUUUUAAAAAAUAUAUUUUAUUGUACAGGUGAAUGGGAAAUAAUGGGAAGUAACUUACAAGGACUAAAUUCAAGGAAAGACUAUUAAAAUGUAAAUUUUGUUUGCUAUGGGAACUGCUAGUGCAGUAGGGGUUUGUAGAACUGAAAUUUGCUGCAAGCAAAAUCUUCCUCCCCACAUGAAAAUCAGGAAUGGUAAAAGGGGGUUUGUUUUUCGAAGUGUUUGACAAAUAGUAGCCAUGUUAUUGCAUCCUGAAUUUGCCUUGUGGACAUUUAAGCGUUGCAUUCAGUUCUAGACAAUGAGUGAAUUUGUAUCCCACAGGUGCUACAAUACCUAAUAAUGCCUAACAGAGUUUCAAACCUGAUUACCAGCCUGAAGGCCCUUUCUUUGCUGGACUUAAGUCAGACCCUCUGUUACUUUUAACAGUUUUCUGUGGUUCAAUUUUUCUAGUCCUAAAUAAAAAAAAAAAAUCUUGGCAGCUUUUGA